AUGACCGACCAGAAGAUGGAUCCCAGUCAGCUCCUGGCAUUCGUGCACCGAUUCUGCGACGCUUACAACGCCAAAGAUCUCGACGCGCUUGGUUCAAUGAUGGCGGACGACCUCAGAUGGGAACACCACCGCCAAUUCAAAGGGGAAGGGAAAGCACAACUACUCGAGUUGAGUCGAAAAAUCAUCGAGAUAGCUCCGAAACGAUUUGUGAAGCCGCCGAUUCGAUGGGCCGUCACCGGCAACGCCAUCUUCGUCGAACACACAUACUACGGUACUCCUGUCGUGGAUCCAGGGUUCUUUGACUGGAAAGCGGGCGUCCCGUUUGAGCUGGCGGUGUGUAGCAUCUUCGUGGUGGAGGACGGCAAGCUCGCGGAAUGGAGCGACUUUGGGUGA